AUGGAAAAAUAACAUUCUGUAAUUUUGACGAUAGGAGUCCUAUUAUCAUUAUUGUUUAGUUCAAAAUUCGAUAUGAGUGAAGGUACUGUUAAUAUUAAAUUAACAAUACAAACAAUCUUAUGGGUUUUGAUUUCCUUGAUUUUGGUUGUUAUUUAACACCUAUAUUCAAGAAGAAAGAUUCCUUCGCAGCCUUAAUAAGAAAUAAUUCAAGAACAAAUAAAAGAUAUAGAUUCGCCCAUGCGGCCAAGAAAGGUAGCUGCUUUAAUGGACGAACAACUUACAUUAAGCAAGGAAGAUUCUUGUGCUGGCAUGGGCGAAUCAUUAUAAUUAAAGACCAUUCAAAGUUAAUAAGAUUUUGAUGAAAUUUCUAUAACAUCUAGUCUAAGAAAAAGAUCAAAUUCCAUUGCAAGUGAAGGUUUGCAAAGGAAGGUCUCUUUCGAUGAGAGUUAGAACAAAAUUCACACUUAUAAAAAGAACAAUAAGUUGGAAAUUAGAAAUUUUGAAUCUAGCUUUUAGUCAAUAAAAUAAGAGAAAAAGAAGAAAAAUGAAUUAGUAAAAUAGAAGAGAAAGGAAGAAAAUUUCAAGAAGAUGAAUAUUAAUGAUAUCAACAAGAAAGGAAGAAAAAGAAAAUCUUCUUUGGAUGAGAAUUUAUCCUAAUCCUCAUAUUGA